AGGCAUGGCUCCGGUGGCUGAUGUAGGCUGAAGUGUAGUGACAUCCGGUUAUUGCAGGUCACCGGGAUGAAGGAUGUGAGGUGGAAGGAGUUGUGCCCCCCUGAGUGAUACAGCUGGGCAGGUAAGCUGCGGAGACCACGUGGUGGGAUAUAGGUGAUGCACAGCGGGAAUGAGAAACGUCCGGCGCCUCUUCUUGAGGUGCCUUCGCCUGGGACACAGAAGGAAGUUCACGUAUCUGAACUCACUGACGGACUACCUGCGGUACGGCCGGCUCUGCCUUAAGUCUCUCACCUAUAACUCCUUCACCAACAGCGAUGUUGUCAUCGAGUCCAUGUUCGAGCCCAUUUAUUGGUUGGUGGAUCAUGUGACCAGAUGGUUUGGUGUAGUCUUUGUGGCUCUGGUGAUCUUGCUGACCAGCUCCAUUGUAUUGAUCGUGUACAUCUGCGUCCUCCCUCUCAUCCUGCAAACCUAUUCCACUGCCUGGAUCUGCUGGCACCUCGCCUAUGGCCACUGGAAUCUCAUCCUGAUCGUCUUUCACUAUUACAAAGCGAUCACCACCCCCCCUGGAUAUCCACCGCAGGUCCAGAAGAAUAUCCCAUCAGUAUCAGUAUGCAGAAAGUGCAUUGCACCAAAGCCUGCUCGGACACAUCACUGUAGCAUUUGCAAUAGAUGCAUUUUGAAAAUGGAUCACCAUUGCCCCUGGCUUAAUAACUGUGUGGGGCACUACAACCACCGCUACUUUUUCUCCUUCUGCCUCUUUAUGACCCUCGGUUGUAUCUACUGCAGCAUCAGCAGCCGCGUCAUGUUCCGGGAAGCCUAUUCAGCCAUAGAGAAGAUGAAGCAUCAUGAGGCGGAGAGGCUCCAGCUUGCAGGCAAUGAGACAUACAGCCUGUCUCCUCCUCCCACCUUCUCCUUCCGGGAGAGAGCGUUUCACAAGUGCAUCAUUUACCUCUGGGUUCUUUGCAGCUCGGUCGCGGUGGCCCUUGGGGCCCUCACGUUGUGGCACGCCAUGCUCAUCACCCGGGGAGAGACCAGUAUAGAGAGACACAUCAACAAGAAGGAGAGGAAGAGACUGCAGACUAAAGGGAAGAUAUUUCUCAAUCCUUACAGUUAUGGACGCUUCAGCAACUGGAGACUUUUCUUCGGGGUCGAAACACAAUGGCAAUGGAUCACUCGAGUUAUCUUGCCGUCUUCCCAUCCUGCGUACGGAGAUGGUCUGACAUGGAGCGCUCCACAUUGGAUCCCCAUAAAACAGACGUCUGUCCUCGCAAUAUAGGAAAGAGAACUUUUCCUCCAGGAGAUUGUACAUCGUGUCGCCGGGCGCUUGUUCGUGAUGUUCAAAAACUUGAAUUUGUGUUUGUGUAAAACCAGCAAGACAACAAAGUAUAAGAUUACACCAUACUGUGGACACCAGUGACCCCCCCCCCCC